AAUUGCAAUUAGUUAUUUUAAUUACAUUUCAUAUGUGUUACUCUAUUGAAAACAAAUUAAAAAUAAUUUAAUAGACCAUGAUGGACACAGAUAAUAAUACCAUUAACGAACGAAAAUAUGUCGAAGUUCUUUUAAAAAAUCAAAAAGACGUAGAUGAUAAAAAAACUUCUGAAUCUUCAGUUUUGUUAAAAAAAAAAUCAAAAGGGCGUUCAUUAAGAAAGAGAAUAGAUGACGACGAACAAGAAGAUGAUAUAGAUGUAUUUGGUAAACUUGAAGAAAUGAAAUCUAUGCAAAAACUCAGAGACAGGCCUAAUGGUGUAAAUAUCAUUAGCCUUGCACUAGGGGAGAAACUUUCUCAAGAAGAAGAAAAAUUAAUGGUUGAUCCAUUUAAAGUAAAAACUGGUGGAUUAAUAAAUAUGAAUGCUUUAAAAACUGGACAAGUAACUCAAGUAGAUGAUGCUUAUGAUACUGGAAUAGGAACACAAUUUUCAGCUGAAACUAAUAAACGAGAUGAAGACGAAGAAAUGAUGAAAUAUAUUGAUGAACAAGUGGCGGUACGAACAGGUCGAAUAUUAGAUAUAGAAGAUGAUAAUGUCAGUCUCAAUAAAUCAAACUAUUGUCCACCAGAAUUGGCAGCAUUACAAGCUGUCCCAUCACAUUUACSAAACUCAACCACUCACAGAUCUGAAGAAAUGUUAUCAAAUCAAAUGUUGAGUGGUAUCCCUGAAGUAGAUUUAGGAAUAGAGUUGGAAUGACUCAAAGAUUACAUAUACCUUGGCACUUUUCAAUUUUAUUAGAACUCAUUGACACAUAGUAUGUAUAUUAUAUACUAGCAUUGUUCCUUUAAAGAGUUAGAAUGACUGAAAUAUUAUUUAAUUUCAAGUUUUCAGACCAGGGACACUUUUAUUCAGGUGUAAAACAAACAUAAAAUUGUCACCUCAGUUCAUUUUGCAUCACUAAUCUGAUCGAUCUUAACAUUUAAUUAUUUCCACCUAUUUUAGAUAUACAUAAAAUAAUAUUAUAUUCAUAAUAACCAGGGCUCGAGACUUCCAACACUAAAAAAAUAUAAAAUAUGCCCAAUA